GUUGGACACUUACAGUCCCAGGUUGGACACUUACAGUCCCAGGUUGGACACUUGCAGUCCCAGGUUGGACACUUACAGUCCCAGGUUGGACACUUACAGUCCCAGGUUGGACACUUGCAGUCCUAGGUUGGACACUUGCAGUCCUAGGUUGGACACUUACAGUCCCAGGUUGGACACUUACAGUCCCAGGUUGGACACUUACAGUCCCAGGUUGGACACUUACAGUCCCAGGUUGGACACUAACAGUCCCAGUUUGGACACUUACAGUCCCAGGUUGGAUACUUACAGUCCUAGAUUGGACACUUGUAGUCCCAGGUUGGACACUUGCAUUCCCAGUCUGGACACUUGCAAACCCAGUCCCAGGCUGGACAUUUGCAGUCCCAGACUGGACACUAGCAGUCCCAGGCUGGACACUCACAGUCCCAGGCUGGACACUUGCAGUCCCAGGCUGGACACUAGCAGUCCCAGACUGGACACUUGCAGUCCCAGAUUGGACACUUGCAGUCCCAGACUGGUUUUACUUUCCACUUAUUGUACCUAUAGAUAUUGUACUAAUUACACUUUGUAUUAUUCCAGGGGCCUCAUUUUGA